AUGGACGUGGAGAGAUGCGUGGCCCAGUUCUUCUUCGAGAACCGCUUGGACUUCGGCGUCGCCCACUCUGCUUCUUACCAGCAGAUGAUGGAGGCGCUCGGUGGCGCGGGGUUCAGAGGGCCCUCGGCAGAGGCGCUGAAGACGACAUGGCUGGAGACGCUCAAAUCCGAGGUCAACGCGAAGAUCAAGGAGAUAGAGAACGAAUGGGCGACCACUGGCUGCACGAUCAUCGCCGACACAUGGACUGAUAACAAGUCGAGGGCCUGGAUAAACUUCUUCAUCUCAUCCCCCUCGGGGACCUUCUUCCACAGGUCCGUCGACGCGUCGCCCUACUUCAAGAACGCGAAGCACGUCUCCGACCUGUUCGACUCCGUCAUCCUGGGCGUCGGCUCGGAGAAUGUUGUUCAGGUCAUCGUGGACGACGCCCUGAGCUACAUGAGCGUGGGGAAUUACAUCAUGCAGAAGUACGGCUCCAUCUUUUGGUCUCCCUGCGCCUCCCGUUGCCUGGGCUUGAUCCUGGAGGACUUCUGCAAGAUCGACUGGGUGAGCCGAUGCAUUCUGCAGGCUCAGUCUGUCACCAAGUUUAUCUACAACAACGCGUGGGUGCUGGCCCUGAUGAGGAAGUUCACCGGCGGCCAGGACAUCGUCAGGACGAGCGCCACGAGAUCUGCGUCGAAUUUCCUCUCUCUGCAGUCGCUGGUGAAGCAGAGAUCCAGGCUCAAGCAUAUGUUCAAUUCUCCGGAAUACUCGUCGUCCCCGUACGCCAGCAAACCCCACGUGACUGCCUGCGUCGACGUUCUCAAUGAUAGCCAGUUCUGGAGGGCGGCGGAGGAGUUAGCCGCCGUGUCCGAGGCUCUGCUGAAGGUGCUGAGAGAGGUUUCCGGGGGUAAACCAGCCGUCGGGUCUAUUUACGAGUCCAUGACGAGGGCAAAGGAGUCCAUACGGACCUACUACAUCAUGGAUGAGGCCAAGUGCAAGACUUUCCUGGAUAUCGUCGACAAGAGGUGGCAACAUCAGCUCCAUUCGCCGAUCCACGCGGCGGCGGCUUACCUGAAUCCAAGCAUCCAGUACAACCCAGAGGUGAAAUUUCUGGGGAGCAUCAAGGAGGAGUUCCUCGCCGUCCUGGACAAGCUGCUGCCAACCCCCGAUCUGCGGCAGGACAUCACCACGCAGAUUUUCAGGUUCAGGAAGGCGCAGGGGAUGUUCGGGUCCAAUUUGGCCAGGGAGGCCCGCUCCACUGCGUUUCCAGGUAGUCUUCCUCUCCCCUCUCCCUCGCCGGCUCCAUCCCUCCGAGACCCUCACAGAGCAUCACCAUGAUCUGGGCCUGCAGGGAUGUGGUGGGAGCAGUACGGGGACUCGGCGCCCGGGUUGCAGCAUGUCGCCAUUAGGGUUCUAAGCCAAGUCUGCAGCGCCUCUGUUUUCGACAGGAGCUGGAGCAGCUCUCAGCAGAUCCAUCCGGAGAAGCGGAACAAGCUGGACAAGGAAACCUUCAACGAUCUCCUGUAUGUGCACUACAAUCUCAAGCUCCAGGCGAGGGGAAAGCCCACGGAGGCCGACCCCAUUGUGCUCGAAGACAUGGAUAUGACUUCCGACUGGGUGGAGGAGACGGAGGCCGCCAGCACCGCCCAGUGGCUAGAUCGCUUCAGCUCGUUGGACGGCGGGGACCUGAACACGCGACAGUUUAACAGCUCUAUCUUCGCUUCGAACGACCAUCUCUUCAAUCUGUGA